UGGGCUUUGUUUGCAGUGUGAGAAAAUCUGAAGUCUAAAACUAAAAAGGAAGUCUCUGUAGUUGACAAACCACAGAGUUAGCCCUGCAAGACAAAUGUAGGUCGCACUUCAUUUACAUAUGAGCAAAAAGAGUGCUCAACCCAGAACUGCACUAACACCUUCCACAGAGAUGUUUUGUAAGCAAAACAAUAUUUUCUUAUGAUCUUCACCAAGGUGAUGCCAAACCAGCGCAUUAACUCCAGGAGUACCUUAACUAAGGGUCUCCUUACCAGUCUAUGGAGAACAUGAGCAACGACAGUACCGGAUCCUACCACCUUCCUGCUGACCCACUGGUGGUGCCUUUUCUGGCGGUGAUCAUCUUCAUGACUGUUGCUGGCAAUCUACUGGUCAUCAUCGCCAUCACCCGCACCCUCCAACUCCACACCACCACCAAUGUCUUCAUCACCUCCCUGGCCUGCUCCGGACUCAUUAUGGGCUGCCUGGUUCAGCCGCUGGGGGCUUCUCUGUUGGUGACGGGGAACUGGCUCCUCGGCAACGUCGCCUGCGAGCUCUGGAUAUCCGUGGAUGUCCUCUGUGUGACAGCCAGCAUUGAGACACUGUGCGCCAUCGCCGUGGACCGCUACGUCGCCAUCACGCGUCCCCUCAGGUACCCGUCCCUACUCGGGAAACGGCGGGCGCGGCUCGUGGUCUGUGGGGUGUGGGCUGUGGCGGCCCUGGUGUCCUUCGUCCCGAUCAUGAGCCAGUUGUGGCGUGCUCAUGACGACACAGUGGUCAGGCAGUGCUACGAGGAGCCGCGCUGCUGUGACUUCAUCACCAACAGGCCCUACGCCAUUGUGUCGUCCGUGGUGUCCUUCUAUGUACCACUGCUGAUCAUGGUCUUAGUGUACAGCAGAGUUUUCCUCAUUGCCACACGUCAGGUCAGACUGAUGAAUAAAAGUGAGCUGCGUUUCCUCAGUGGGAGUGACAUCAAGCUGAUAUCGCACUGGCACUGUGACAGCCCCGGGAGCCCUUCUGACAGGGCCGGAAACAUCACCGACACGGCCGGAAACAUCACCGACACGGCCGGAAACAUCACCGACACGGCCGGAAACAUCACCGACACGGCCGGAAACAUCACGGGCAGGGCCGGAAACAUCACGGGCAGGGCCGGAAACAUCACGGACAGGGCCGGAAACAUCAUGGACAGGGCCGGAAACAUCACGGACAGGGCCGGAAACAUCACGGACAGGGCCGGAAACAUCACGGACAGGGUCGGAGAUAUUGACUGGACUGAUGACACUUGUGCUGGAAGGAGCUUCAGUUUCAGCUCAAUACAGUGGUGGAACCCGGGCCGCAGGUCCACUUGGCCAAAUGUCCUGAAAGAACAUAAAGCCCUGAAGACCCUUGGGAUCAUAAUGGGGACCUUUACUCUGUGCUGGUUGCCCUUCUUUGUGUCCAAUAUCAUUAAGGUGUUUGAUCCAGAUAUCCCCUCCAGGGAGAUUUUUAUUCUGCUCAACUGGCUGGGCUACUUUAAUUCAGGCCUGAAUCCCAUCAUCUACUGCCACAGCCCAGAGUUCCGCUCAGCCUUCAGGAACCUUCUAGGCUGAUUUUCUAAACUGGGGCUCAGCAACAUGUUCCAGGGCAUAAGUGCUAGUCCCAAUCUGGAGGAAAGCAGAGCCCUUUCAGAGAUUCACUGUAGCCGGGAUAAGAGCCAGGGACAGAGCCAGGAGCGGGUCAUUGGACUGAAGCAGGAGCAGGUCAUGGGACAGAGCCAGGAGCAGGUCAUGGGACAGAGCCAGGAGCAGGUCAUGGGACUGAGGCAGGACCAGCUUCAGACAUAAUUGACCAAACAAAAGGCUGUGACUGUGGAUCUGACUUUUCAGGGAUCUUUGUCCAUCGGGGCUGCAGAUGUUUUGGGGCUGCAGAUGUUUUGAUAUUGUAGCAGUCUCAGCCAAUUUCUACGAUUAGAACAAUCAUAAAGUUGGAGAAUUCAUUUCGUCAAGAUUAGAUACUGUUUAAAACAUUCUAUAUAAAAAAUACUUUAUAGCAUAUUAUAACAUAAGACCUGUGCACUCAUCUAAGAUAGCUAAUUAGGACAACCACAGUCCAUGAAUACUAUGAUUUUCAGGUAAGGAGAUGUCAGUAAAGAAAUGAAGCAAAUACAGUAUGAAGCGCUAUGUUACAUAUUUAGAAAUGUAAGUAUAAUUUAUGUUGCAAUUGUAAGGGAAAGUAAUGGAAACUUUCUAAUUUAUAUAUUUUGUACCAACAGAGGUCCAAAAACAUCAAUAACCACCAUAAAAUGUGAUUUUUUAUCUUAGUAAUAAUUUGAAAUGAAGGAUUUGAAACAUGAGGAUAUUCCGUAUUGGAGUUAGCAAGAUACAUUUUGGGGGGAGACAGCUUUACUUAUUAUUUUGAUGUCACAAUUUGGAACAAGAAAGAUGGAGUUCACUUCAUAUUAUUCGGGGAGUAUGUUUGGUUUUAUUAUGAAUGUGAUUUGCUGGGUAUUCAUGAGUCGGGGGAUUGUGGAUGUAGAAUUUCUGACAUAAUUCUGAGAAAUAGAGGGAUGAACAGUGGCCAGAAUUGUAGAAUUUACUAGGUAACCAACAACUGAGAGAUUGUUAAAGUAAUUCUAGUUGAAAGAGUACUUCUAGUGUAAAAUGUACUUCUAUUGUAAAGGGUACUUACAGGGCAAAUGGUCCUUUUAGUGUAAAGGGUCCUUUUGUGUAAAGGGUCCUUCUAGUGUAAAGGGUACUUCUAGUGUAAAGGGUACUUCUAGUGUAGAGGGUACUUUUGUGUAAAGUAGUUAAUUUAGGUUGUAAGAAAUUCCUCUAAAAUACAUCUGCAUCUUACAUUCGAAUGUUGUGUUCAGGUUUAGAGGUUACAAUAAAAGGAUCCAACAUUGUCA